GGGAUCAGGACAUAAAAGUCCCUCAGUGAAAAAAUAACCGCAGGUCUGGCUUGUGUUUGCGACAUAUUCUGAUCAGUUGGGAAAUGGUUUCAAAGAUUCAGCCAAGCCAAACGGAGAAGAUUUUUUUCAGUGGUUUUAUCUGAAAGAAGAUAAAGUUCGAUUAAUGCUUUGGACUGCGUUGUGCACCUUUGUUUUAUUUCUUUUCCAGACAGGUGGAUAUUUUUGGGCGCAUAUAUGGCCAAAACUGAGACGGUGAUCAUAGCGGAUACAAAACAUUACUAGCAGAGUCACAGCUUACUGUACAUCCUCCAUGAUACGCGUGCAUUUGUUUUUAGCCCCUAUAUUAGACGGUUCUUGCUUGUUUUCUGUCGUAAAAGUCCAGAAAAUUAGUUUAAUGCCUUUGUGCAAUUAAGGUGACCGCGAAACAAAAGUUCGAGCAAUAACACAAAUAAGUCGCCUUUGAAUAUUUAAAAAAGAAACUUGAUGCAGCUUCGGUACACGAAAUGUGGUCGUUAUAAUGUCAAGUUUGAAAAUGUGACUGCGCUGAGGAGGUAGCACCGUAAUAUGCAUUGACGAAGAAAAGGCAGAUACGGUACACCUGCUACGGUAUUCACGAUUCUGUAUCCCUGGAUGAAGCUAUUGUUCCUGUUCCCUCUGCACAAAAAAAGGCUGGAGCCAGGCUGGAUUUCGCUUCAUGAACUUGAGCUUCCAUAACCUUUACAACAAGUGGAGGAAAGUUGCGAUCAGAUCACAAAAGCAUACUAUAUGAAGAUCGCGACAGAGGUGUUGGCUUUUGCUCGCAGAAAUGCCUAUGCAUCCCGUGACCUCAACUUUAAUGUACAGGGGAAUUUGCACUAUCCCAGAUAUUCUUUCUUACCGGACCCCUAUAAACCUUCCAGAGGACGAAGUGGAGGAGAUCCGCGAGGCCUUCAAGGUGUUCGACCGCGAUGGGAACGGCUUCAUCUCCAAGCAGGAGCUGGGCAUGGCCAUGCGCUCCCUGGGCUACAUGCCCAACGAGGUCGAACUGGAAGUCAUCAUACAGAGGCUGGACAUGGAUGGGGAUGGUCAAGUUGAUUUUGAAGAAUUUGUCACGCUUCUCGGACCAAAACUGUCAGCAGCUGGAAUGCCUGACAAGUUCCACGGAACAGACUUUGACUCAGUUUUCUGGAAGUGCGAUAUGCAGAAGCUGACAGUGGAGGAGCUGAAGAGGCUUCUCUAUGACACCUUCUGUGAUCAUCUGUCCAUGAAAGACAUCGAGAACAUCAUCAUGACCGAGGAGAAUCACAUUGAGAACCCAGAGGAGUGUCAGGUGGAUAUCGACACUAGCCCUACGCAGCAGGUAAAGCAGACAUGCGUACGGAAGAGCCUAAUCUGCGCCUUUGCAAUUGCGUUCAUCAUCAGUGUUAUGCUUAUCGCAGCCAAUCAGGUCCUGCGCAGUGGCAUGAAGUAGGAGUGGGCCCGACAUGGCCUUCUUCCACUCUGACAGACUCACGUGGGCCACUCCCUCCUACUUCUCCUCAACCAAUGACUGAAAGAAGUGGUGAAACAGUAACAACAACAACAACAAAACAAUAAGAGCAGGGACUCUCGGGCAGCCCAGCAGCACUGCCAUCCUCACCUGACUCUUUCACCCAAUAGGGUGAGGGGAGGACGCAUGGAAUCCUGGCAGAGGCCUUUCAACUUCGGUGCAUGAUCUGCAUGGAUUUACAGUCAUCUCCACCCAACCGACGCUUUCCAUUUGUAGAAAUUAUUAUCCGUGUACAUAUUAUAUGACUAUAUAGCAGAGGAUUAUUACUUAUUUAUGAACAACUGUGAUCAGUGGUGUUUGGAAUGGGACUGGGGGGAAUGGAUAGGGAGGGGGGGGAGGAGCUGGAGCAUCUCUGGAGGAGUGUGUAAAAAAAGAGUGAAUAAAAAAGAAUGGUAAAUGAAAACUGCAUCAAGUAAGGGCUGUUUAGGACAUUACCACCGUAUCUGAACCGUAAUCCCAGGAGCAAUUCACCAAGGAGCAAGUCACCAAGGUACAAUGGGUUACUCAUCGCACCCUGUAACAAUAAUCUGUCGCACUGCCAACAAGGGCAUUUAUAACUCAUUAAUGAUGCAUUAGAAAUAGCUGCAAAACAGUAAUUGAGCACACAGCAAUCAUUUUCAUAUUUCAUGGACCACUGCUUUGGAGGCAUCGGCUAUUAAAAAAAAAAACACCAGCAAUAAAGUAUAAAUAAUAAUUUACAAAGAAACAAAUCUGUGUUUCCAGAACGCAGUGUGCCUGUCGAGGCCACAUGAAAGAUCAUAGAAGUUAAUCCUAAUGCAUUGCUGAUGAGAAAUAAAUCACAUUUCUAUAACGCAUACAACAUUAACCUGGCAGCUUUCAUCUGAAUCACUGCCACCAAAAAGCUUUAUGAAGGGGCGUAGAGGGGGAGCAACAAGCAAUUUCCCAAAGGCUUCUUAUGCCCCCUCUGAUGAUGGAAAGCCAUGGUUUCUUGACAGUGGUAGAAUGGCUAUAGUAACAACAAGAAGUAACACUCAAAGUAGGCAAUUUAUUGAUACAAUUACAUUGUGAUUACUCUGUAACUAAUUUGUAACUGUUUUGUACCUGAAUCUUUCUUAUACAGUAAUUAAUACUGAAGACAUUUUUGGUCCAUGUCAUUACAUAGGCUAUAUGAAUGAACCUUCAUUCAGUCGCAAACAUUACCGUUAAAAUGUCUAUCCAACUUUUAACCCACACCCAAACCUAACCUCACAAUCACCCAAACCUUCAAUGUGAUUAUAGCCUGCACAUUUUGUAACAAUAUGUAGUUGCAUUGCAGUUCAAUUGUGUUUGCAUUAAACCACAGUGUAAUUACAUUGAUAAACUGCUUACUGUAUACAAAGUGUUACCCAGCAAGGCAUUACCAGUAUUAAAAUUACAAAAAGUACAGAGUACUGAAAUAAUAUAGCGACAAGGCUCUGUGUUACAAGAGUGUUUAACCCGGAGAGGUAUAUAAACAUGCAUUUGUUAGCUGUUUCUAUGACAUCUGUGCCAAAAUGGACAGUGGGGAAUCAUGGGUCAGGGGUUUUAUUGAAUGAAGCUUUUGGUAUAAAACAGCAAGCAUAUGAGGGAGCUGCUCAUAUGCUAGUGUUGGAAAGCGUGAAACUCUGCCAUCCAAAGAGGGUGAAUCUUUAUUAAACAAACCCACAUCUGUAUCACUGGGAGCCUAUGCAGAUAUGCAUUAUUGAUGCGCCAAUGAGCUAUUGCAAUAGACCUCAUGCACCACUUUGCCUGUGUGCAGUAGACCCCUCAUUCUUGUAGGCCACCUUUGUCAGUCUUCAUAUCAAAAUGGAAGGUCAAAGAAACUCCUAUGAACAGGCUGUCUGUCCCAUUGAAUGGCAUCAUUGAAUAUUGAAUUGAUGGAUAUAGGUAAAUAUUCCCUUUUCAACGUGUUUGGUGUCAACUAUGUCUGCACGAGCAAAUGAUGAAAUCGUCCAUAUCCUUUGGGGAGGGAGGAAUGGGGGCAUCCAUGAAAUGAAUCUCACCUCUAGUGCUGUAUAUAAAUCCUGAUGGAAAAGGGUUGUAGUCUGAACUGACAAGCGGAAAAAUGGAUUUAUUUAAAAGUUUCUGAUUCAGUGCAGAACAUCAGAUGGUCCUACAGGAAAUCCCCAUUCAUAUAUGUUCUUCACAGACACACUUGCAGACCGAAAAUUUCCAGAGCUUUACAAAUAUACAAUAUCUCUUUUAACCUUUGGUAUAUGAUUCUGUUUUCUAAACUGGGGAUGAAAUGGAUUUAUGAGUGCAAUAUUGAAAAUAUUAAAUGGAUCAGGGGCCUCCUUUGCAAUUUGAUGAAAAAUAUUAGGGUUGAAGGUUCAGGAAAUCAUUUCUCAUUAGAGUCAUUGGCUUUUUUUUAUUAUCUCACAAUACAAUUAUAAUG